AUGAUGAGAAGAAGGCAAGCUGGCACCAUGGUCACCUCAGUCUUCCCAUGCCUCUUCAUUAUCCUGCUCACCGGGGGCUCCCCAGCAGGGUGUUCUGGAGACGGUGGCUCUGCAUCCCACAGCAAAGCUGGCGCUGCAGAGAAACCUAUCCUGUUGAACAGUGUUGAGGAUGCAGAAGCCUUCAUCAGUGGUGCUGAGGUGGCAGUCAUUGGAUUCUUCCAGGUGGACAAUGACCGGAGAGAUCUGGAUAUGAAUGACAAAGAAGUUGAUGUGGAGAAGAUGACUCGUUUUGUUCGGAUGAAUGAGCUCCGUCUGGUCACAGAGUACAACCCUGUGACAGCAAUAGGUGUUAUGCAGAGUUCUCUCCAGCUUCACCUCCUUCUGAUCACAGACAAGAUGUCCCCAAAGCACCCUGAGCGAAUGCGCAAAUACCGGGCGGCAGCAGAGCUCUUCAAGGGGAAGGUUCUCUUCAUCCUGUUAGACAGCAAUUUGAAGAGCAAUGAACGAGUAGUGUCAUUCUUCAAUCUGAAGAAGUCCCAGCUGCCAGCUCUAGCUAUAUUCCAUGCACCAGAUGAGGAGCAGGAUGUGCUGACUGUGAAUGAAGUCUCUGUUGAGCGUGUAGAGGACUUCUGUAAUAAUUUCUUACAAAGACUAAAGAAGAAAGAAGAUGAACCUCAGGAUAAUGUCCCCAACGAGGAACUCUGA